GCUGAUCGCGAUCAAAAACGGGAUUAAGAUGAUCUUGUUAAUUUUUGGGUUUCACGAAACAUUAUCUGGAUCAUCUAAUGAGCUUAAUCCCGUUAUUUUAAUCCUAAUAAUUAAUAGGAUUAAAUCUCGGAUAAGCGAUUUAAAAAUGGCCGACUUUCACAGAAGAUUGCAGCGUCUGCGUGAUAGAGCGGCCGGAAUUACUAUUCCACGCCUGUUUAGGGACAGAUUAAACCCGUUGGAGGUGGUUUCGCCAGAGGAGGUGUUUCGGCGCUACCGAUUUAGGCCGGAGAGUAUUAUUACGCUGGUGACACUGAUGUUUCCUUUGUUGGAGAGGGCAACUCUGCGUUCUUGUCCCCUACCCCCUCUUCUGAGUGUAUUAGUAACACUCCACUUUGUGGCCAGUAGUUCCCAUUACACCGUAAUCGGCGAUGUUCAUGGACUUUCGGCUUCAUCUGUGUGUCGCGCAGUGCGUAGGGUUAUUAUAAUUAUGGCUGGGCUUGCCAAGAGGGUCGUGUCAUUUCGGAGAGAUGUCGGUGUGUGCAAGGCGGAAUUUUAUGCACUUGCGGGAUUUCCAAAUGUCAUUGGUUUGAUAGACGGUACUCAAGUACGUGUACGAGCCCCUCAUGAGUUUGAAGCCGAUUAUGUAAACAGGAAAGGGUAUCAUUCGAUCAAUGUACAGAUGGUUUGUGAUGCAAAGCUUCGUUUUAUGAAUGUUGUUGCCAAGUGGCCAGGAAGUGUCCACGACUCCAGAAUAUUCAAAGAGUCACGCCUUGCUUCAGAAUUAGAGCAAGGCCAACAUAAUGGGUACAUACUGGGAGACAGUGGGUAUGGCUGUAAGCCAUACCUUCUCACACCAUACCUGAAUCCAAGAACAGGACCUCAAGAAAGGUAUAAUGAAGCACUGGUUAGAACAAGGGUAACAGUGGAGAGGUCUUUUGGAGUGCUGAAAAGACGAUUCCCAUGCUUGUCGUAUGGUCUUCGUUUGGAACCAGAGAUGGCAUGCCAAGUGAUCAUAGCCUGUGUUUUUCUUCAUAACUAUGGCAUUGAACAUAGAGACAUCAUGGCAAACAUGCACGAUGCUACAGACAUUGACCAGCCUCAGGCAGAUGUUAUCCCAGCAAACGAAAAUGGACUUCGAUAUAGAGACAUUGUGGCCCAACGUUAUUUUUAAAAAUCUGUAUGGUUUUAUAUUGUUUGCAAUAAUGCAAACUGGUAUUAAAACAUCAAGCACCUUCAAAAUUAUUCUUACUAGUGAUCUUAUAUUAUUAGUCGAAUUUUAUAUUUUAUGCCCCCCUUCGAAGAAGAGGAGUAUAUUGCUUUGCACAUGUUGGUCAGUCCGUCAAUUACUUGAAGUAUGGUCAUCAAACUUGACAUAAAGAUAUGGUCUGACCAGUAGAUGACCCCUAUUGAUUUAGGGGGCCAUUCGGUCAACGUCACAGUGGCAAUAAAUUUAAGGAUUUUAAAGCUUGUCCGAGUGAUUAAUCAACAAUGCCUAGACCUAUGGCCAUCACACUUGACAUGGAGGCUGGGCCUGACCAGUACAAGAUUUAUAUUGAUUUGAGGGGUCAUCAUGACAAAGGUCAUAGUGUUUGACAAACAUCUCUUGUUAAGUUAAAGCUUGUCUCUGUAGAUAUGGAAAUGUUAUCAUUCUCACGCUGGUGCCAAUAGCACCAUUUUCUCAUCUAAUUCUUGAUGUAUUACAUUGAAACUUUAAAGCUGCACUCCCACAGAAUGAACAAGCCAAUUUGGGGAAAAAACAGUUAUAUAACACUGCUGACAGAGUUUGAUUGAAGAUUUUUAUAUUGAAGUUAAAAAAUAAAUGUUUUAUGCAUUUGUCUUGAACCAUUACUUAAUUCUUGUCUCUGCCACAUAUGGAGUGAAAACUGUAUCCAUUAUAAAACAUGUGCAAAAAUAAAAUGAUGUCAUGAAUAUUUUACCUCCUGAGUAUUGAACUCAUGUAACAUGGUGCAAGUCAUAAAUGUAGUUGUAAUAGCCUUAAAAAAACUAUUUUAGUCUGUGUAAAAUUUGACCUAUGAUCAGAAGGUACAGGUGGAUGGAUGACACAUUCUGUAGUCUUUCAAUAAGUUUUAAUAUGUUAAUUCUUUUAUAGUUUAGGAAAAAUUUAAAUAGCCAUUCUGAAAUGAAAUGGGACAAAAAAAACCAUAACUCUUCAUACUUUUUUAACUUCUAUUUGAGAUGGAUUUUUAUUUAUUACUUAUUCAAGGAAUACAGAAUGCAUUGCUUAAUGGUAUAUGAGUAGAAAUAAAAACAAAACAACAUCUGUAAAAAGACUUAUUUAUAUACAUAUCAUAUAUGACAGUAUUUAGUAUCACAGAAUAAGAUAUCACAAAUUUGCAUGAAAGUUGUUAUAUAUGCAAUUCCUCCCUCUGAUAUGAACGAAAUUGUAAAGAAAGCUUUGAAGUAAUAUCAACAAAAUGUAGAAACAUAUACAUAGAUCAGUUUAUCAUGGCCAACAAUUGAUAUAAUUUUUUAAACUGUUAUAAACAAUAAACAAUUUCACAAAAGCGAUUUGAACACAGCAUGAAUUUCUAGAUGAGUUAUUUUAAAGAACUGUCAUCUGUCAGACUUUGGUAAAUGAAGUCGGGUAAUUUUUGAAGUAAAUGUUAAGUAUGAACAAGUGUAACAACUUGGUAUGGCCUAUUGCAUCAAAUAAUUGCAAACUCAACAACUAUUAUGAAGUGUGCAAAUGUACAUUUAAAACUAGUAACAACAAUAGAACAAGAUCAUAGGCAAAAUGUAUAUACUUCAUCAAAUUUACAUCAAAAUGAGUAGGCUUCAUGAUGUAUUACAUACCCAUAAAUAUUCUCUGUGAAAUUUUGAUCCAAUUAUCUUAUAGGAGUGACUCACAUACUUGAAAUUCACGAAAGGUAUCUUUACAUACUUCAGAGCGAGUAGCAAUGGAAAUUCUUUGUGCUUAUCUAGUUCUUAUUUCAAAAUAUAUGUUAGGACGACUGACUUGUUUUUAGCAAGAAGUAAAACACAAUUAUACUUAGUAGAUUACUAGAUUAUAGUAUAUUAUUAACGUAAGUAGUUGAUUUUAGGAAUAUCACUGUAUGACACUGCAAGAAACUUAAAUGAACCUUAAUUAAAAUUGCUCAUGAAUAUAAAAUCCCAUUUAACAUUCAAAUUUAACAGAGCUCAGGAAAAAAGAGGAUGCAAUUAGAGGAUGAAAUUUUCUUUCCAUUUUUUAAAAAGAAAGCAUAGUUAUUUAAUAAGUAUUCAAAACAAGUUACAUAUUUUGUAAAUUAUUAAAUACAUUGCAGUUUUAAUAGUGGUCGAAAUUAACACAAGUCCAUAAGCCCUGCAUUUGUAAAAUAGUUUUUUUUGGCUUGCUCAAAUUCAUAAAUUUAUAUAGCAGGGCUUGUUAAAAAAUUUGAUGCCAAACAAAAGUAUAAGAAUUCGUGCUUGUUCAUCCGAAAGUCUAACUUCAAUGACUGUUAUAAGUAUAGGUAAAGUAUUACAACAGCAUCAACAGACUAACAUAUCUUUCCAAAUAACAUGAUUGUAACCAUGUAUCUUAUAAAUAGAAGAAAGCACUGUUUUAAAUGAUUGGUGAGUGCUAAAAGAUUUAAUUAUGACUGCUAUUGUAUCAUAAGGUACAAAUACCAUUUUUUUUUAUUCUCAUUCAUUCAAAUACAACUCUGUUUUCUUCAUAAUAACCAUUGAUUUUGACAUUUAAUUAUCCUUUUUGUAAUAUUAAAGUAACACUCUUAUUCAAAAUCAGUACAUACUUAUAUUUAACAAACAAAUUCUUUGACUGAGAAACCAUUAACUACUUACUUAAUCAUGCAUUUAUGGAAAAUAUUAAAUAGUGAUUACAACAUUUUAACCAUGUAUUUGAUAGCAGCUCAUUUCUUUAAAAAAUGAAUAGUGAAUGCUUAAAGAUUUAUUGUGAUCUACUAUAGUCUCAUAAGGUAAAAAUAGUAUGUUUUAUGCUCAUUUCUUUCAAAUUAAACUUGGUAUCCUUCUUUAGAACCAAUGUUUGACAUGUAUUCAUCCUUUUUGUAAUAUCUUAACAUUUGACAUAUAUUCAUCCUUUUUGUAAUAUCUAAACAGUAUCAUUAAUUGUGGUAUAUCUUUAAAACAAUAUUAUUAAAUAUGGUAAAUCUUAUUUUGGAGAAAGAGUGCUUUAGUAUUUUUAUAAUUUGGAUGAAUUUAUACAUCUGAUUUAUUUUAAAUUAUUGAAAUUCCUUAAGUUGAUGUUUGCGAAGAUUUAGUGUAACAAGAUGCAACUCCUCCUCCCUUCUGUUCUUCUCUCUCCAAUAGUGCUCUUGGGCAGAAAAUGCUGCUGUCUCUGCUGUUAACCUCUUUUCUUCAAGCUGAAACAGCUGGUCCCCAGCAUCACUUUUUCUCUUUCGUCUCGACAUUUUACCUGAUCCCGAACAACAAACAUUUUACAAGUAUACUGGAGGAUAUCUAUUAUUUAAAUGAAGUCAUUGCUAAAGUAUGAGUUUAAUAAACAGGGUUUUUUGGAAAUUAGAAUUAUUUUUGUUGAUACAAAUGUUGUACAAGAUUGUAAUAUUGAAGAUGUCAAAUUAUCAUUAUUUAACAUUAAAGAUUAAU